UGGUCUUUGAAGACCUCUUAUUGUCUCCAAUUUACACUUGUGGAUAGGCCGAACACGAGCUUUGUUGCGUUAAAUUUUUGAUAACUUUAUACUUCCUUUCCUACUUAUAUUUCGGAUAUCAAAAUUAAUAAAUAGACGACAUUAUGAUUUACGACAUUGAAAUCGGCGGUAGUGUUCAAAAAGAAACGUACUCACUUCGGGAUAAUCUAAAAUUAUUGCAUGUAAUUUUUCUGUGAACUGUUGUUUUUAUCAGUUGUUAUGUGGAAAAUGUUUAUAGAUAGUUAGGUGACGUUGCAGAUAUCUCUUUAAUAACAAUGGGUAUUAUUUGGAGUGCCUUUGGAGUCACCAAUACAGGAAGGACAGACGAUGCUGACUCGACGACGGGGCUGACCUCCAGAGAUAAAUAUUUAAUAAAAACAUCAUGGGCUGGUGUAAUGAAAAGCCCGACGGACAAUGGAGUAGCUUUACUUCUUUUAUUGUUUAAAAAUUUCCCGGAGACAAAAACUGUCUUUCCUUUUAAAGACAUACCAAAUGACGAACUAGCAAAAAAUGUUAGGUUUAGGGCUCAUUGCAACAGCGUUGUUUAUGCCGUUUCUUCCAUGGUAGAUGCCAUAGAUGACACGUCAUUACUUGUAGGCAUACUCGAAAAAGUUGGCAGGGAUCAUAAGAGGCGAAGCAUUCCCCAAAAAUAUUUUGAAGGACUUCAGGAGACAAUGGUCGAAUUGUUUUCCACGUUUAUGAAAACCAAUGAAAUAAACUCAUGGAAUAAAGCUUUAAAUGUUAUUUUUAAAGUGAUUGCUGACAAUCUUAAAUAAUUUUAACUGUUUCGUUGAUAAAUCGUUAUCAGAUUUUAUGCAAUUAAAAAUUUUAAUUGAUGCUUAUCUAUAACAAAAUUAUAGAAUCGUAAUAUUUAGAUUUUUAAUUUUUAUGCGAUUUUAAAUCUAACGUUCAAUUUUACUAUUUUUUUUAUAAUAAAGGGUCUUACCUUU